AUGUCCAUAUUCCUACUCCUCUUCCUCGUCCACCUUACUACGGCCUAUAUCCCCGCAGUGCCCACAAACGACACUUCCUUACCCGUAUUCAACACUUCAUCUCUAUCCUCAUUCGCACUCAGGUGGCAGCAACAAGGUCAUCAACCUAUGGGGCUCUACUCUACCGCAGUCAGCUACCAACUCGCAGGUGACGGGAGUGAUGGUGUCACCCAGGGCGCAAUCGUCCAUUUCACAGAAGCCACCGCAGCUGACAACCUCACAACCUCCACUCCCUGGAUAGCCUUCAUCUCCUGCGACAACAACGCUACAAACGCCUCGAUGGAAGACGACAUCUUCACCCUUGCUCAAGAGCGUGGAGCAGUUAGCGCUCUACUCUAUUCUAGUUACUCCCAGGCAUGCCUCAUCAACUCAGAAUACCUUUCCCCGGAAUUCGACAAGCUUAUCGACGUAUUCGCCACCACAUCGCAGAAGACAGCGGGGCUAAUCGAAUCCCAGUUCGAGCAGGUCAACACAAGUUUCUAUUAUUAUAAUGCGGCGCUACUCAACGCUAGCGCCCUGUUAGUAAACGAAAGCAUGGCAGACAUGGCACUCGACCAACCGGCAUACCUCGUCGCCCUACUCCAAGCGAGUAACGCAACGGGCAACGCGACUGCGCCCGACACUCCUUCCAGCAGCGGCAGCAGCAGCGGGGGGGGAGGCACACCAAAUACAGGUCUGGCGAUGAUAAUCCUCUACGCGAUCACAGGCUGCGUCUCUGUCCUCUUCUGUAUCGUCAUCCUCUCCGGGGCCAUCCGUGCCAUCCGCCAUCCAGAGCGGUACGGCCCGCGUGCGGACCCGGGGUACAUGGGGGGAUUGCCACCGCAGACGAGGACGGCAGGGCUUGCGAGGGCGAUAUUGGACACUUUUCCGGUGAUCAAGUUUGCGGGAAGGGGGGAGGAGGUCGAGAUGGGCUCUGCUGCUAAGGGGGGGAGCUUGGAGGGAGGGGAACUGGGAGUUGGAGUUGGGGCGAGCGGGAGCGGGGGAAGCACUCCUACGGACAGGAAGCUUGUUGGUACGGGGGAGGGGGAAGUGGCUUCCCCCCUGGAUACGUCCUUCCUCGCUGAUGCGGACUUGGCACCCGCACUACAGUUUGCGAGGUCUGUCUCUCCUAGCUCUUCCCGUCCGCUGGACGCUCCUUUCACCCCCGCGCUUCCCUCCCAAACCCCAACCUCAACCUCCGCAACCUCAACCUCAACCUCAACCUCCACCGCAAACCCAAUCCCAAACUCCAACACCCCAGAAGCUCCUUUGCUAGGUCACACCACCUGCCCGAUCUGUCUCUCCCCUUUUACGGAGGGCGACUCCCUCCGCCUUCUCCCCUGCGCGGGGAGACAUACGUUUCAUCAAGAGUGUGUCGAUCCGUGGCUUUUGACGCUCGCUACGAGCUGUCCGCUGUGUAGGGAGGAUUUUGACCCGUGGCAUGCGCGUGCGCGGGAUGGAGGGGCUGGAUCUGAAGGGGAGGGGGAGGCUGAGGAUGGGGACGGGGAGGGGGAGGGAGCAGGGGAGUACCUAGAGCUUCCGGUUCCCGAGAGUCCGAGAAGAGAGAGAGAAGGCAGGCUUGGGAGGCUGUUUGGAAGACGAGAGCAGAGAGAGGGGAGACGGGAACGGGAACGGGAACGGGAACGGGAGAGAGGGAGGGGGAACGAAUGGACUGGGAGUGUAGGGAACGAAUGGAUUGGGAGUGUGGGGAUGGGGGCGGGGGGGGAGGAGAUGGUCCUCCCCCCGCAUCCGUUGGCCUGA